AUGCCGCCCCCCGGCCUCAACGCCGGCACCGGCAUCGGGACGGCUCCACUCCUCGUCCUCCGCUCCGUCACCUCUGACCCCGCCGCUGAUGCUGCCGCCGCCACGAUCGCCGGCACAAACACUGCGAUCCCGCCGUGGCUCGGCCUCCUCCCGCGACCCCAGGAUCCAAACGAGCGGAACAGCAUCUCCGUCGUGCCCGUAGCCGUGCUCUCCGCUGUCGUCGCCGCCGCCUUCGUCUGCAUGCGCCUCUACACCCGCGUACGCAUUCUGCGCUCCGUGAAGUGGGAAGACUGGAUCAUCCUCGCGUCCCUCAUGUUCGCCAUCUGCACGAGCGCCGGCAUGAUCACACAACUCAACUUCGGCCUUGGCGAACACCUCUACUACGCCUGGCCCUCCUUCUCUUCCUACAUCCAGACAGGCAUCUUCACAAACAUCUUCUACUCCGUCAGCAUCACCCUGACAAAGAUCUCCAUCCUCCUCCUCUACAUUCGAGUCCUCACCUACGACCUCGCCCGUCUGCUCGCGAAGAUCCUGCUGGCCGUCGUCAUCGUCUCCCACGCCUGGAUCAUCGUUAGCAUCCUCACGACCUGCGUUCCCCUCCAGGCCAGCUGGCGCUGGGACCCCACCGACCCGCCAGUGUAUUGCCACCCGCCCCCCGUCUUCUGGGGCAACGUGUGCCUACACCUGGCCACCGACUUUCUCAUUUUUCUCCUGCCGCUGCCCAUCAUCUCCUCCAUGCGCCUCCCGCGCCGGCAGAAGACGGGACUGUACUUUGUCUUCUGCCUCGCGUUUCUCGUCUGCGCCAUCUCUAUACUCCGGCUUGUCCGCAUCUUUCAUAGAGACCAGACCCCAGAGCAGGUCAUGGACGUGACCUGGUCCGCCGUCAGCAUCGCCAACCUCACCUGCGUCGAGGUCCACGCCGCCAUUGUCACUGCCUGUCUCCCGACCCUGAAGCCCCUGCUCUGCCGCCUCUGCCCCUGGUUCUUCAUCUCCACCGCAAGCGGUCGCAAAGGCUCCUCGUCUUCCUCCUCGUCCUCUACCACCCAUGCCGCCGCCCGUGGCGACUGGGAAAAGAACUUCUCCAACGGUGAUGCCGAGGCGCACUACCAGCGGCCCCCCAGCAUCGGGACGAAACGCAGUCGCCCGCGGGUCCAGCGCGACACCUUUGCGAGCCUGUUUGACUUCAAGUACACGCUGCCGACGGCGGACGUCGAGAGCCGCCGGGACGGGGAGUUCCACCUGGCUGAGGCCAAGGCCGGCGCGCCGGUGCAAUGGCCGUCGACGAUGGUGCGCAAGUCGAGGUUGCAGGUGCCACAAGGGGUGAAGACCCGUGGCUCAAUGCCGAGACACGAGCAAAACCAUCAGUUUGUCGGACGGCUGGGCCCUCCGAUUUUCGAGGACCGAGUAUAAU